UUUUGACAUUUACAACGUCUCUCUUACUGCAUAACGUCUAUCUCUGUAACAAAAGCUGUAUAUACUUUACACAUACACUACAUAAUUAAUUCAUGCGGCUGUACACUGAAGUGUAUUAUUAUAGUAAUACAAUUUUCUUGUAUUAGUAAAAAAAGACUAUAGAUCUUGAGCUAUAAAUUACAUGAGUCGGCUUUUUUAAGCAUUCACGUGCUUUCUCUUUCGAUUUGAAUUCGGUUUCAUCAUCAUACUAAUACUUUUCUUUUUCUUUAUGGUUUCUUUGUUUGUUUUUUAUGUUUUUAACAAGAACAUGAAUUUUCUUUGAAUGAAUAAAAGGUUGUGGGUGCUCUACUGCUACAACAACUACUAAAACUAGGACAACUUUCAUGGGGUUUGGCCAGAUGGGUUUUAGUAGUUGGUGGAGGUUCAGUAGCAUUGUUGCUGUGCUUUGUUUACUGAGUUUUGAAGUAGUUGAAGGGUACCCAGUUGAGGAUUUGGUUGUGAAUUUGCCUGGUCAGCCUAAAGUUGGGUUCAGACAGUAUGCUGGCUACAUUGAUGUUGAUGUCAAGAAUGGUAGAAGCUUGUAUUAUUACUUUGUUGAAGCUGAUAAAUACCCAAAUAUCAAGCCUCUUGCUCUUUGGCUCAAUGGAGGUCCUGGUUGUUCCUCAAUUGGUGGAGGCGCCUUCACCGAGCUGGGUCCAUUUUUUCCGGAAGGAAAUGGCCGUGGACUUCGAAGAAAUUCAAUGUCCUGGAAUAGAGCAUCAAACCUACUCUUUAUCGAGUCUCCUGCUGGAGUAGGAUGGUCUUACUCAAAUACAACUUCAGAUUACAAUACUGGGGAUGCUCAAACUGCGAAGGAUAUGCGUGACUUCUUAUUGAAGUGGUUUGAGAAGUUCCCGGAAUUCAAAUCACGGGACCUGUUCCUCACUGGAGAGAGCUAUGCAGGGCAUUACAUACCUCAACUGGCUGAGGUUCUAUUGGAUCAUAAUGCACAGUCAACUGGUUUCAAAUUCAAUAUUAAAGGAGUGGCUAUUGGAAAUCCGCUUCUUAGACUUGAUCGUGAUGUUCCAGCAACAUAUGAAUUCUUUUGGUCUCAUGGGAUGAUUUCUGAUGAGAUUGGCCUCAAGGUCAUGAAUGACUGUGAAUUUGAUGACUACACCUUUGCAAGUCCACACAACGUGUCGGAUUCAUGCAAUGAUGCCAUCUCUCAAGCAAAUGGCAUUGUCGGUAACUACAUAAACAAUUAUGAUGUGAUCCUAGAUGUUUGUUAUCCAUCUAUAGUUGAGCAAGAGCUGCGAUUGAGGAAAGUGGCUACCAAGAUAAGUGUUGGUGUUGAUGUUUGUAUGACCAUGGAGAGGAGUUUCUAUUUCAACCUUCCUGAGGUUCAGAAGGCACUUCACGCCAAUCGAACUAGUCUACCAUAUAGAUGGUCCAUGUGCAGUAGUGUUUUAAAUUACAGUGAUACUGAUGGUAAUAUGAACAUGCUUCCCAUUCUCAAAAAGAUAAUCAAUAAUCAUAUUCCAGUUUGGGUUUUUAGUGGUGACCAAGAUUCCGUUGUACCUCUUCUGGGGUCGAGAACACUUGUUCGCGAACUAGCACAUGAUCUCAACUUCAAGAUUACAGUACCUUAUGGAGCUUGGUUUCACAAAGGCCAGGUUGGAGGUUGGGCAACAGAAUACGGAAACCUGUUAAGUUUUGUUACAGUAAGGGGUGCUGCUCAUAUGGUUCCUUAUGCACAACCAUCAAGAGCUUUACAUCUAUUCAGUUCGUUUAUCCGUGGCCGAAGAUUGCCUGCUACUUCACAGAUUCCAGUAGAGGGUUGAAGAAUUGGUUCAUGUUGUUGUUUCAGAAGCAAGCACAGUUGUGGAAAUUUCCUUACAUUGAAAAACAAUAAAGGGAGUAACUGUUUUUCAGGAAAAUAAUUUGAAAGACAUAGGGGCAUUUCAACUGUAGCUAGAGGGAGGUAGAUGUUAUAUGAUUUUCAUUUCUGGUACUUGUAUCUAAUUGGAAUGGAAAUUCAUAAUUGGAAUUUUUAUUUGGUUGAA